AAAGCUAUACAAAAAACUUUACAAUUGAAGUCAAGUUCAAGCUGUCUAAUUAAGGUAUUGCAAGAAUUUACUAAUGACGAUGACGAGAAUGAUGAUGAAUUGUCUAGUGAAGUGAAGAUUUUACAAGUGAUAAAGAACACACUGCUCUUGAACCGUGUUAACUGCAAAAUCCUAAAAGAAAGUGGGGCAGAGGAAGACCAGCUGGCACAAAACGAAUUAAAGCAUCGUAUAAAACAAAUAAUGAUAAGGGAAAACAGCAACGACGUUAUAAAAAAUGUGGGAAUUAUGGUCAUUAUCAAAAAAACUGUAUUCAGUAAAUACUGUAUGGCAGUACAGAUUUGA